CGCCAUCACCAUCGUAGCCGUCCCCAACCAAUCCUCAACCUCUGCUCGUGUCAGCUGGCAGUACAUCAGCAGACACCAUGGCUGUUCAGCGAAAUAGCACAGCAGCAGCAGAUACUUUCUCCUCCAAGCCGUCUCCAACCUCGCGGAAAAGAAAACUCGUUUUCGGCUCCGAGUCCAUUCCCGAGCGGUCUAGGCGCGUUCGUUACAGCCUGGACUCCGCUUCCACCACCCCCAUUUUCGGCACCGCGACCGGCCGCUUCGACGACUACUUCGUGCUAUGCUCCGCCACCCCCCUGGGAUCCGGCAGAUUCGGCGCCGUGCGUAAAUGCGUCUGCAAGGCGACUGGCCAGGCCUUUGCUCGCAAAACGCUGCAGAAGAGAGAGUUAAUCGGCGAGGCGGGGCGCGAUGACGUGCGGCGCGAGGUGCGCAUGCUGCAGCAAGUGGCGGGGCACCCCGGCAUCGUGCAGCUGCACGCGGUGUUCGAAGACGAAACCGAGGUGCAUCUAGUUACCGAGCUCUGCGACGGCGGCGAGCUGUUUGACGACGUCGUGCGACGCUGGCGACUGCCCGAGAAGGAGGCCGCGCAGGUGUUCAUGCAGGUGGCAUCGGCUGUCGCGUUCUGCCACUCGCGCGGCAUUGUGCAUCGCGACGUCAAGCCCGAAAAUAUCCUCUUCUGCUUCGACAAGAGCCAUGGCCCAGCCGUGGAGAAGAAAACCGAAGUUUUCUCUCCCGCUGGUGCUAGCGGCACGAACCCCGUAGCGAGGAAGAGCGCGUUCGUCCCCGAGCCCGCGCCCCAUCUCCGCGUGAAGCUCGCGGAUUUCGGCCUCGCGCUCAGCAUCGGCCGCGACGGCCGCGCGCGUGGCGCGGCGGGGUCGCCGUACUACAUGGCGCCUGAAGUGUUCACCGGCGAGUACGGCUGCGCGGCGGACGUGUGGUCGCUGGGCGUCGUGCUGCACGUGCUGCUGUGCGGCGCCGUGCCGUUCUGGGGCGCGGACGAGGAGCGCACGAUCGAGAGCGUGCUGACCGGCCGCCUCGAUUUGGGGGAAGAGUCCGCGGCGUGGGCGGGCGCGCGGGUGUCGGCGGAGGCGCGCGGGCUGAUUCGGUGCAUGCUGGAGAGAGACCCGCGGCGACGACCGUCCGCCAGCAAGGUGCUCUCGCACCCCUGGCUGCUGCUGCACGCCUUCGGCGGACGCAUCGUGCGCAAGGCCGUGCGCGGAGAGGCAGCACAAGCUGCCGCCGCGCAGAGCGCCGCGUGUUCCCCGCUGAAGCAGCGCGUUCUUGUCCCCGCACUGGUGUCACCGCCCGCCAACGCUAAGUCCGUCGCCAUCUCUGUGGGGGUUGCGCAGAUUGCGGGCGCGAUGGACGCGGCAACAGCAGGCGCGCGCGGCACAGCCAGUGGACCCGCGUCACCUGCCUGUGGUGCGCGCGCGGAGGGGCGUGGGCUGGAGGAGCGGGCGGUGGCUCGCGUGCAGGCGUCCGCAUGAACUUGUUGCAAGUGCAUCGCGCCCAGUGAGUGCGCGCAGGAGCGAGCCGGAUUGGUUGGCGAAUGCAGGCGACGCCAGGGCGGCGAGGUGCAUGCUUCCCCGAUGAGUGGAUUCCAGUGGCUCGUCUCCCUGCUGGCUGCGGCUGGCGGGUAAACAACGGGCUUAGUUUCUGCUGCCGUGCUUGGCAGUUUAGGAAUCCAGAGGAGCUGUGUGUCCUUCACCAGGGUGUGGUUGCAGGUCGCACCGUGAAACGCCCUGUUUCCACGCGACGCGACCUGACCUGGGCUGUGGGUGCAAGUGCAGGUAGAGGUAGAGGCGACAUGUUUAGCACGGAGGGGCAUACGAGCAAACACAUGUUUGCUGUGCCUCGCUGUUGAAGGUGUAUUAUUUGCUGUUGACUCACAGCAGAUCAUGUAGCUUGUUCAUUAGCAAUCUCUACCAUUCUCACCUUACAC